AUGUCAGUGGACAAGAAUGUCAUUGAUUAUGAAAAUGAUUGGAUUGUGGAUUCGGGAUGUUCAAAUCACAUGACUGGUGAUGAACAGAAGCUUUUAAACGUGUCCGAGUACAAAGGUGGACGAGUGGUUGUCACUGCCAACAACUCUAAGCUGCCAAUCACCCACAUCGGCGAGACACUUAUUACUCCUCGGUUUGGCGAUCAACAAGUGGAGCUGUCAAACGUUUACCACGUCCAUGGAAUGCGAAAAAAUCUGAUGUCAGUAUCACAACUGACAGCAUAUGGUAAUUAUGUGGUAUUCGGUCCUAGAGAUGUGAAGGUGUAUCGAAGCUUACAACCAACUUCUGAUCUGAUCAUGCAAGGACAGAAGCUGGAGUCUGUCUAUGUAAUGUCAGCAGAAGCGGCUUAUGUUGACAAAACAAGAAGAAAUGAGACAACAAGCUUAUGGCAUGCUCGUCUUGGACACGUUGUCUAUCAGAAGCUCAAGGUGAUGAUGAAGAAGUCCAUGCUCAAAGGACUUCCUCAACUUGAUAUCCGUGAUGAUAUCUGUUUGACGAAGCAUCAUCCUGGUGGUCCCCAGAAGCAGUCCUACUUCCAACUCAAAGGAGAUGGAGGAGAUGUUGCUAGAGAGGUCUAG